GUUCCUCCUAUUGUUACCGUUGCCCCCAAUAAGCUUCCAUGGGAUCUCCAAGGACGAGCAUCGAUGGAAAUUAGGUAAACAAUCUCAGUUUGGUUCUUCCUUUUAGGGUUUUCUAUGAGGCUUGAGUUUGGAGAAGCAUUUCACCGUCUCUAUUCCUUGUUUAUUCCUGUCUGCUUCAAGAAUAUUCUCCUCGUUCAAGUACAGGGAGAAAACUCUUCCCUAGUUCCCUUCUUGUUUUCUAUUUGUCCCGGUUGCCCUAGAAAUCGAUGAAAUCUUUGUACGAAAGAUAUCAUUCUUUUUUAUCUGGAUGCCAUUACCGGUCGCCGCUCUCUAUCCUUCACAGAUUAGUGUGAUGCUCCAAGUAGUUGCUGGUGUCCCCGAUGAUUUUACGAUUGUGAUCAACAGUAGAAUUUAUGUGUGAAAUUGUUACUCCGAUGACAGACGACAAAUGAUAAUAAGCUUCGAGGGUUGAAUUUUCUGAUGCCAUCACUUCUCCAGUUGAGGUUGAAACGAUGUUGUGGCCAAAAGAGCUUGCGGAGAGCGCCAGUAUAUUACGCCAUGUCAAUUGUUUUCAACUGGUCCGGAUUCAAGUGAGUGGGUUUCCGUCUUGGGUGUAUGUCGUCAAGCGUACUGGUUUUAAUUUGGAUGAUCUGGACUCGGGUACUGAUUUAGGACACUAAUGAUCUUUCAUGGGAAGGUAAAAGACCCUCAGGAGCUAGGCCUGGUGGUUUGUUUUGCGGCAUAGAGAUUUAGUGCUCAUCUUCUGUGAUGGUUUCUUCAAGAUAAAUGACCGACUUGAAGGAAUCGGUGUGGUCUAUCACCCUUGACUCGGGUGGGUGCUAGAAUAGUGUUGAACGCGGGAGCCUUGUUUGCAUUUGGAUUCAAUGGCUAGUUUUGCUCGUAAACAGGCCUCUCUCAUAUAGUCAAAUUUUGGAUGCCUGCAACUUGCCACCCUAAGCUUUAGUAUGAUAAUGUGGAAGGCCUUGACAAUUGUACAAAUCCUUGUCACUACUCCGGUGCUUGCUUCUGUUUUUUGCAUCCUUUCAAGGAAUUUCCUACUGACAGUUCAACGGAGUGUUCCUAGGAAGUUUGCUAGGUUGUGGUUGCCCUAAAUCCAUCCGUCAUUUGCUUUGUAAGGUGAAAAUGGGAGGCUAUGUAUGUCCUGGAGCUCUCUUUUCAAAUACCAAUUACCCUUGUCAACUGCUUUCAAAGUGUUCAC